UGUCUACCUCGAUCGUUAUCCUACCUCACUCCAACUGAAAGAUGCAGAGUCCAGGGAAAUCUCUGACCGAGGCACUGGUCUCCGCUCAUACCGAGGACCGUCUCACCAUUGGUGUUUACGAGUCUGCAAAAAUAAUGAACGAUGAUCCAGACAGCGUUUCGUUCUGCGUCUUGGCUACCGAUGAGGAGUACGAGUGUGACAUCGCUCUGCAGAUCCAUUUCACCCUGAUCCAGGCGUUCUGCUUCGACAACGACAUCAGCAUCGUCAGAGUGAACGACCUGCAGCGACUUGUGAAGAUCUUGGGCGACAAAGCCGGCGAUCUUGAAGAUGCCCACUGCGUUCUGAUCACGAACCCAAAUGAGGAUUCGUGGAAGGACCCAGCUCUGGAGAAGCUGCACCUGUUCUGCGAGGAAAGCCGCAGCCUGAACGACUGGGUGCCUGAAAUCACUCUCCUUGAGCGCUGAACCGGGACUUUACAACUCUCCGCUGAGAUGCUGUAACCCUGAAGGAAUAAUCAUCCUACACUGGACAAGGGUGGUGCAGAUUCCACACAUCCCUGGAUGCUCCCGAGGAUGGGAUCAAGUUCCAGGAAGCGCGAGGACCGGUCAGAGAGGGUCCUUGCGGUCCCCCCGGUCUGUCGGUUAAUGCCAGAAAAUCCCCCCGUCCUUGGUGCGGAUGUGGCCUGGUAUACCACUGCGGGGAAGGAAGUGGCGAGUUUUACUCCUGUUGUGAAAAGGGAGAAAACGUCGCGCGAGGGACCUGAGAGCGUGCGGGGCUCUUUUAGAGACUUCACGUUCCGUUAAAGGUGCUAUAGCCAUCAAAAGGAUGAGCAGAAUACGUCAGAGGAUUACAAUGAACAUUACGACAAAACAUUUCUGAAGUUUACCCUGCUGAGUGGAAAAGACUUGUACGGCACGGUUAACGUGUUUUGUGGGGGCAAUCGUGACGUGCUCCUGAAAUAAGACGUUGACCCAUCACUGAAGUUCUGACUUGCAAGUUGCGCCCGCCUUGGUCAUGCAUGUUGUGAAAUAAUAAAACAAUGAACUACA